AUGGCUUCAUCAUCAGCUCUCAAGCGGUGGCUCAGGCCCGAGGUGUACCCUUUGUUCGCCGCCGUCGGCGUGGCCGUCGGAAUUUGCGGGAUGCAGUUGAUCCGUAACAUUUCUACUAAUCCUGAAGUCAGGGUGACCAAGGAAAACCGAGCUGCUGGUGUGUUGGAUAACUUUGCAGAAGGGGAGAAGUAUGCCGAACAUUCUCUUAGGAAGUUUGUUCGCAAUAGGGCUCCGGAAAUCAUGCCAGCCAUUAAUAGCUUCUUUAGCGACCCUAAGUAUUAA